AUGAUGGGCCCUACAAGAGCUCGACCCACCUUACUCCUCGACGGCGGUGCGGAUGGCGGUCAUAACCUCCUACUGCUACAGGUGGUGACCCUCUCUUACUACACGAGCAACCUCGUCUCGGCGCUCACCAUUGGCCCACCGCUGCCACCAUUUACCGACCUCCGAGACUCCACGAGCAGUCCUCGAUCACUUUCGGAAUCGUCAAAGGGUCUAGGAAUACGGACGAUUUCACGGUUCGACUCGAAGAACCCUCUCCACCAGUCGGUCUGGCAUCGUAUGAGGGAAGAAGACUUGUCUCUCACAGCACAGGACGGGAUGGACCGCGUCUACAACGAGAACUACGCCUUCAUGCUGUGGGGAAUCUACUUUAGGGUCAACUACGCCCAGGACUGUCGGGUAUUUACGCUUCCGACGGGGUAUUUUCCGACAUACACCUCCUUCGCGCUGACUAAGGGGUCGCCUCUGGUCCCUGUUUUCAAUAAGCUCGUCCUUGACAUCAUCUCCUCCGGACUCCUGAAGAAGUGGUGGCAGGAGCUCAGCAUCACCAGCACAGACUGCAACGCACUGGAGACACAGCCCAUCGAACUCAAAACAGUUCUCACGCCCUUCCUGCUGUUAAUUGGUAGCAUCUUGGUGUCACUGGGCGCCCUGCUUGUCGAACGUGUCACCGCGAACGUUUUUUCAGGGUGGAUGGAUUGAGGUGGUGAUAUCAAGAAAGAUGGAACGUUUGUGAUGUCUC